GUUCCUUCUUUUAAUAAUAUUUUUUUAGUGUUGCAUCUCAACCAAAAUAACGUAGAGAUACUUUGGAGGUCAUUUAAAGUUUUCUUUCUUUUUACAAAUAUAAUUCGAUGGUAGCUUGUUGCGUUAUGCUAAACAUAAAAUCAAUAUAUAUAGCCGGCGAGAUCAGCGUGUUUGAUAUUUACUCCCCAACAAAAUGAUGUUCCUCAAGCUUAAGUGCGCGAAACCCCGCCACCUCUGCGAGCUUCUUAAACGAUUCUCCUUCGGCGCCGUUUCCUUUGACGUGCACAGCUUAGCCCACUUCCUCGACGCUUGCAUGUACGACGUGGCGGCCGCCCAUGCCUGCCUUCUGAAGUCCCAUGGCUUGGCCAGUUGUUCCGCACCGUGGAACAAAAUCCUCGAUCUUUACGGCAGAAGCGGCCUAUUUCGACGAGCUCAGCAGCUGUUCGACGUAAUUCCCAGCAGAGACGUUGUCUCUUAUAACACGCUGAUCUCUGCUCACGUUCGCCAGGGUCAUGCUACCUUUGAGUCUCUGCGACUCUAUACUCGGAUGCUGUGCGAGAACAUCAAGCCCGACAACGUCACCCUAUCGAUGUUGCUCGCCACUUCGAGUAUGUUGGUGGAGCAAAUCCACUCCCAUUCGACCAAGAUGGGUCUCAACUCGAAUGCUUUCGUUGGGGGAGCCUUGGUCAGCGGCUACGAGAGAUGUCGAGGGCUGGAGGAAGCAAUCCGCACAUUUGAGGAGAUCGAGGAGAUGGAUGUGGUCGCCUGGAACAUACUGAUUGAUGUGUGCGCUCGGAGAGGGAGCAAGCGGCAUGCCGUGGACAUGUUCUGCCGGAUGCGCAAGGAGGGUGGUGGUGCCCUUGAUUGCUUCACCUUGACGAGCGUCUUGAAGACAUGCUCGGAGAGAGGGGAUCUGAGCCUUGGUAUGCAGCUCCAUGGGUGUUCCUGGAAGGCUGGCUUGGUGCGUGAUACCCCGAUUGGGAAUGCUCUUAUUACUAUGUAUAUGAAAUGUGGAGGAGGAUUGGAUUCUGCAGUUGAAGUCUUCCAGACAAUUUUGGACCCGAAUAUUAUUUCGUGGACUGCGAUAAUUUCUGGAUUAGUGCAGAAUGGGCUGGCCAAAGAAGCAGCGGGCUUUUACUGUGAAAUGGUGUAUGUAGGCAUGAUGGAGAAUGAAUUUUGCUUUACUAGUGUAUUACCUGCUUUCAGUAUGUUGGUGAGCCUUGAUAAUGGGAGAAUGAUCCACUCAAGAAUCAUUAAGUCGGGGUUCUGUUGCGAUGUAAUGGUGGGAAAUGCACUGAUCGAUAUGUACUUCAAGUGUGGUAGUGCAGAAGAUGCUCAAAUGGCUUUUGAGACCAUGAGAAACCAUGACACAGUGUCAUGGACCAUUACGAUUCUGGGAUUUGGUCAGCAUGGAAAAGGAGAGGAAGCUCUUCAAAUCUUCAGAGCACUUGAAAGAAGUGGCACCAGCCCUGAUUCGGUUACUUUUCUUGCACUUUUAUCCACAUGCAGUCAUGGAGGUCUUGUGGAGGAGGGGAUUACGAUCUUUCACUCUAUGGUUAAUGAUUACAACAUCAAGCCAAAGAGGGAGCAUUGUGCUUGUGUAAUUGAUAUGCUGGGUCGUGCUGGUAAAUUGAGUGAAGCUGAGAAGUUCAUCCAGGAGAUGGGUAUAGAAAGGGAUCCAUUGGCAUGGGAAUCUCUUCUUGGAACUUGUGCGAUACAUGGAGCAACUGAACUGGGAGAGAGAUCAGCUGAGAAGGUUAUGGAAUUGGAACCACAUAAAGAUGGUCCGUAUGUCUUGCUAUCAAAUAUCUAUGCUGAACAAAAAAUGUGGGAGGAAAAGGUGAAAUUGAGAGGAAGAUUGGAUGCUAGUAUGUUGGCAAAAGAUGUAGGAUACAGCUGGUCUUCAGGUUUUAAAGUAUGAAAAUUCUAAGUUGAUAUUCAUCAAUGGCAACACUUCAACUAAUUCAGGAUAGUGUUUCUAUAAAGGCUUCAUUGAUCAUGCAAAUGAUCCCUUCAUGUGAUGUGCAACAUAUCCUGCUGUCCUUUCUGGAAUCAACUGGUGCUUAAACAUAAACUUAGUUAUCAGCAUGUGAACCUGAUUUCAGAUGCAGCAGGAUGACAGCUCUUUAUCUUCCAAAUCAGGGGAGAUUUUUUUGCUUAGUGCAUAUCCAAUAUCUGACUAUAUUACUCAUGACCGCAGAUGGUAUCAGUCACAUCAAAGGUACAGACACUUACCUUGGAGUUCAAUUUAGUGUUUUCUUCAUCCUGGUGCUAAUGGGAGACAAUUUCUAAGAGAGAUCCUGUUACUUGAGUUAUCAUUGGACCAUUUUAUUGGGCACACCUGAAACCAAAUAAUAUUUUUUGGCCUUUUUUCAGCUAAUUAAUCUAGGCUCCUGAAGUUCUCACAUGAGACCUUGGACAUAAAGAACCAAACCACAAGAAUUCAUCUAUCUGUCAACCUCGAAAUAUCAUCUUUCUAAAAUAUUGCUAAAGUCAGUAGCCUAUCUUUUCAGGACAUCGAAUAUUAGGAAAAUUACACUUGUAUCUUGUUUAUUUGGCUUCAUGAACUCUUGAAAGCAAUCUGAAUACAGUAGAGGUUCUGGCAUAUAAAAAUUUUGGAACCUCCAGUAAACUAGGUAAAUUUUGUUGUAUUCUUUAAGCAAGAAAUGGUUAUCACUGUCUGAAGGCUGAAAUAUGGAAAAGAUACUUUUCCACAAUCAGUGGAGUAGAUUGUGGAAUUGGAUGCUGCAUGAAGAAUGUGGGAAACAAAAGAGGAAGUCAGGGUAUGUCAAGACACACUCAUAUACUAGAGAGGGGAUUGGAUUCAGCUGGUUGUGCAG